AUGGCAGGGUUAGAAAGGAAGGUAUCUCAGAAAUUUGACUCGGUGGAGAAGGAACUUAAAGAACUUAAAGGCUUGGUCACCUCAUUCUGUGCUAACUUCUCUAGUCCCAGCACUUCAUUCUCUUAUGAGGACUUGUUCUCACAUCCACCCUCACCUCCAUACACUAAACCUGCAACCACCUCAGAACCCACACCACCCACCACUAUCCCCAUGUUUUCUGUCUCACUUGCCAUUAUUCCAGUAGCUCCACCUCAGCCUCAACCCUCACCUCCUAUCUCUCAUGCUCUCUCUCCCAUCUCACAGCUUCCUCCACUUCUUAUCCCUUUUACUUUACCUUCCUUUUCUGCUCCUUCCGCCUCCUCUCUUGAUGCUGAUAAAAGGGGGGAGAAAAAUUCUAAAAAUCUAGACUAG